AUGCUGAUUAUUAUCGUCCUCCUUUCUGAGAACAAUAAUCAAUAUUUAAAUAAAGAUAACAUAUCAACUAGAUAUUCAGAGACAGACAUACAUCAACAAAAUAUCUAUCUAUCUAUCUAUCUAUCUAUCUAUCUAUCUAUCUAUCUGUUUGCCUCCCUAAAUCCAUUCCCACCUCUACCACCUUUUAAAUUUGCAAUUUCUUCCUCAUUCUCGUUCCCCACUGACAUUUUUCUUUUCUUUUUCUUUGACUUUAUUUUUCUCUCUUCCUCUUCUUUUAUUCCUUUACUCACUUCCUCUUCUUUUAUUGCUUUACUCACUAUCUUUUCUUUUAUUCCUUUAAUCUCUUCCACAUUUUUAUUCCUUUACUCAUUUCUUCUUUUAUUCCUUUACUCAUUUUUUUAUUCCUUUACUCACUUCCUCUUCUUUUAUUCCUUUACUCUCUUCCUCUUCUUUUAUUACUUUACUCACUUCCUCUUCUUUUUUCCUUUGCUCACUUUCUUUUCUUUUAUUCCUUUACUCACUUCCUCUUCUUUUAUUCCUUUACUCUCUUCCUCUUCUUUUAUUCCUUUACUCUCUUCCUCUUCUUUUAUUUCUUCCCUCACUUCCUCUUCUUUUAUUUUUUUACUCACUUCCUCUUCUUUUAUUCUUUUACUCACUUCCUCUUCAUUUAUUCCUUUACUCUCUUCCUCUUCUUUUAUUCCUUUACUCUCUUCCUCUUCUUUUAUUCCUUUACUCACUUUCUCUUCUUUUAUUCCUUUACUCACUUCCUCUUCUUUUAUUACUUUACUCAUUUUCUUUUCUUUUAUUCCUUUACUCACUUUCUCUUCUUUUAUUCCUUUAAACACUUCCUCCUCUUUUAUUCCUUUACUCACUUACUCUUCUUUUAUACCCUUACUCUCUUCCUCGUCUUUUAUUCCUUUACUCACUUACUCUUCUUUUAUUCCUUUACUCACUUCCUCUUCUUUUAUUCCUUUACUCUCUUCCUCUUCUUUUAUUUCUUUACUCAAUUCCUCUUCAUGUAUUCCUUUACUCUCUUCCUCAUCUUUUAUUCCUUUACUCUCUGCCUCUUUUUAUUCCUCUACUUUUCUUCUUUUUAUUCCUUUACUCAUUUUUUUCUUUUUUUCUUCCUUUACUCAUUCUUUCUCUUCCUUUUUUUAUUCCUUUACUCUCUUCCUCUUCUUUUAUUCCUUUACUCUUCUUUUUAUUCCUUUACUCUUCUUUUAUUAUUCCCUUUCCUUUUUAUUCUCUCUUCCUCUUCUUUUAUUCCUUUACUCUCUUCCUCUUCUUUUAUUUCUUUUACUCUUCCUCUUCAUUUAUUCCUUUACUCUCUUCCUCAUCUUUUAUUCCUUUACUCUCUGCCUCUUUUAUUCCUCUACUCACUUUCUCUUCUUUUUAUUCCUUUACUCACAUUCUAUUCUUUUAUUGCUUUACUCUCUCUCUUCCUUCUUCUUUUCUCUUCUUCUUUUUUUUUGUCUCUUCUCUCUUCCUUUAUUUAUUCCUUUACUCACUUCCUCUACUUUUAUUCCUUUACUCACUUCCUCUUCUUUUAUUCCUUUACUCACUUCCUCUUCUUUUAUUCCUUUACCCAUUCCUCUUCUUUUAUUUCUUCCCUCACUUCCUCUUCUUUUAUUUCUUUACUCUCUUCCUCUUCAUCUCUUCCUCAUCUUUUAUUCCUUUACUCUCUUCCUCUUCUUUUAUUCCUUUACUCACUUUCUCAUCUUUUAUUCCUUUACUCACUUCUUCUUCUUUUAUUCAUUUACUCACUUCCUCUUCUUUUAUUCCUUUACUCUCUUCCUCUACUUUUAUUCCUUUACUCUCUUCCGCUUCUCUUAUUCCUUUACUCACUUCCUCUUCUUUUAUUCCUUUACUCUCUUCCCCUUCUUUUAUUCCUUUACUCUCUUCCGCUUCUCUUAUUCCUUUACUCACUUCCUCUUCUUUUAUUCCUUUACUCUAUUCCUCUUCUUUUAUUCCUUUACUCUCUUCCUCUCCUUUUAUUCCUUUAGCUCUUCCUCAUCUUUUAUUCCUUUACUCUCUUCCUCUUCUUUUAUUCCUUUACUCACUUCCUCAUCUUUUAUUCCUUUACUCACUUCCUCUUCUUUUAUUCAUUUACUCAUUUCCUCUUCUUUUAUUCCUUUACUCUCUUCCUCUUCUUUUAUUCCUUUACUCUCUUCCGCUUCUCUUAUUCCUUUACUCACUUCCUCUUCUUUUAUUCCUUUACUCUCUUCCUCUUCUUUUAUUUCUUUACUCUCUCCUCUUCUUUUAUUCCUUUACUCACUUACUCUUCUUUUAUUCCCUUACUCUCUUCCUGGUCUUUUAUUCCUUUCCUCACUGACUCUUCUUUCAUUCCUUUACUCUCUUCCUCUUCUUUUAUUCCUUUACUCACUUCCUUUUCUUUUAUUUCUUCCCUCACUUCCUUUUCUUUUAUUCCUUUACUCUCUUCCACUUCUUUUAUUCGUUUACUCACUUCCUCUUCUUUUAUUCCUUUACUCACUUCCACUUCUUUUAUUCCUUUACUCACUUCCUCUUCUUUUAUUCCUUUCCCCACUUCCACUUCUUUUAUUUCUUUACUGUCUUCCUCUUAUUUAUUCCUUUAUUCUCUUCCUCUUCUUUUAUGCCUUUAUUCUCUUCCUCUUCUUUAUUCCUUUAUUCUCUUCCUCUUCUUUUUUUCCUUUACUCCCUUCCUCUUCUUUUAUUCCUUCUCUCUUCCUCUUUUUUUUUUCCUUUCUUCUUUUUUCCUCUCUUCUUUAUUCCUUUUCCUUUAUUCUCUUUCUUUUCUUUUAUUCCUUUACUCUUCUUUUUCUUCCUUUUAUUCCUUUAUUCACUUUCUUUAUCUUUUAUUCCUUUACUCUCUUCCUCUUCUUUUUAUUCCUUUCCAUUCACUUCAUCUUCUUUUUUAUUCCUUUUCGUCUUCCUCUUCUUUUAUUCCUUUCCUCUCUUCCCGUCUUCUUUUAUUCCUUUUCGACUCUCUCCUCUUCUUUUAUUCCUUUCUCUCUUCCUCUCCUUUUACUUCUCCUUUAUCUCCUUUUAUUCCUUUACUCUCUCCUUUCUUUUGUUCCUUUAAUCCUUUCCUCUUCUUUUAUUUCUUUCACUUCCUCUACUUCCUUCCUUUUUAUUCCUUUUAUUCACCUCUUUAUCUUCUUUUAUUCCUUUAAUCUUUUCCUCUUCUUUUAUUCCUUUACUCACUUCCUCUACUUUUAUUCCAUUACUCACUUCCUCUUCUUUUAUUCCUUUACUCUCUUCCUCUUCUUUUAUUCCUUUACUCACUUUCUUUUCUUUUAUUCCUUUACUCUCUUCCUCUUCUUUUAUUCCUUUUACUCUCUUCUCUUCCUCUUCUUUCCUCUUCUUUUUAUUUCUUUACUCACUUCCUCUUCUUUUAUUCCUUUACUUCUUCCUCUUCUUUUCCUUCCUCUUUUUUUAUUUCUUUUACUCUCUCCUCUUCUUUUAUUUCUUUUUACUCUUUUUCUUCUUUUAUUCCUUUCCUCUCUCCUUUCUUUCUUCCUUCCUCUUCUUUUAUUUCUUUUUUACCUUCUCUUCCUCUUCUUUUAUUUCUUUACUCACUUCCUCUUCUUUUAUUCCUUUACUCACUUCUCUCUUUUUUUUUAUUCCUUUAUUCACUUCCUCUUCUUUUAUUCCUUUUACUCUCACUUCCUCUUCUUUUAUUCCUUUUCUCACUUCUCUCCUUUUAUUCCUUUACUCUCUCCUAUCUUUUUAUUCCUUCUCUCUUCUUUUAUUCCUUUUCCCUUCCUCUUCUUUUUAUUCCUUUACUCUCUUCCUCUUUUUUAUUCCUUUACUCAAUUCCUCUUCUUUUAUUCCUUUACUCACUUCCUCUUCUUUUAUUUCUUUCCUCCUUUUCCUCUUCUUUUUUUUCCUUUACUCACUUCCCUCUUCUUUUUAUUCCUUUCAUUCUCUACUCUUCUUUUAUUCCUUUUAAUUCUCUUCCUCUUUUUUAUUCCUUUUACUCACUUCCUCUUCUUUUAUUCCUUUACUUUCCUCUUCCUUUUUAUUCUUUUAUUCUUUCCUCACUUCCUCUUCUUUUAUUCCUUUAUUCACUUCCUCUUCUUUUAUUCCUUUACUCUUCUUCCUCUUCUUUUAUUCCUUUCCUCAUUUCCUUUCUUUUAUUCCUUUACUCUCUUCCUCUUCUUUUUUUUUUUCCUCAUGUCCUAUUUUAUUCCUUUCCUCCCUCUUCUUUUAUUUUUCCUCUCUUCCUCUUCUUUUAUUCCUUUACUCAUUCCUCUCCUUUUAUUCCUUCUACUCUUCCUCUUCUUUUAUUCCUUUAUUCUCUUUCCUCUUCUUUUUAUUCCUUUAUUCUUUCCUCUUCUUUUAUUCCUUUACUCUCUUCCUUUUCUUUUAUUCCUUUAUUCUCUUUUCUUUCUUUUAUUCCUUUAA